CCAUUUAGGUACGCAAUUAUGGAACGCCAAAUAUUUAGUGGUAGCGUCUCAUACUCCAGUAUUGGUCGGUCUCGAAAAUGGAUUUUCCCUCCACUGAGCAGGCAGUAAAUGUGUACAGACAGUGCGCCAGUGUACCAACUCUCUCCUCCGCUUCCUUGCAAAAGAUUGGAAAUCAUUACAGCGUACAUUCAACAUGGAUUCAGAGAGAUCUAGAAAGAGAAAGCUCUGUCAUGUACAGACAGAACCAUGUUGUUACUCUUGACGCUAAUGGACAGAUAGGAGACAUCAUAGAUCCAGCAAUUAGCACGGAACUCAACUCAGAAGUGUUGGUACGAUGGUCAGCGUCUGGCAAGUUCAAAGCUGUGCUGAGGAAUGUAAAAGACAAAAAGGGCAAUGAUCAGCAAUACAUGGAGGUGUGGAACUACAGUCAAAAGACUCAUAAUAUCAAUCUGACUGCUCUUGACAAACAUGGCAAUGUGUAUGAGGAUUGUGAAUUUUCCUGUUUAGAAUGGUCGAGUUGCGAAUCUAAACUUCUUUAUGUGGCGGAAAAGAAGCAACCAAAAGCUGUUUCUUACUUUGACAGAUCUGAAAAUGUUUGUCACAGAGAGAAUCCUACAUCACAACCUAAAGACAGGGAACCAACAGUAAAGGGAGACCAGUUUGUCUACCGCCAAGAUUGGGGAGAGAAUCUCGUUGGGAAGCACUGUCCCGUGCCGUGUAUCCUAAACCUUCAUACUGGUCAAGUUACUAUACCAGAGAGUCUUCCAAGUGAUAUCUCUGUCUGCCAGGCAGUGUGGACUCCAGAUUGUAAUGGGAUAGUGUUCACUGGGUACGAGAAUGAACCAUACAGACUGGGAAUGUACUUUUGUAGGAAUAGAAAGAGUGCUAUCUAUCAUCUAGAUCUGUCAAGUCAAACCUGCAAUAUCAUCAGUGUGACGGAUCGUUCUGUGAGGUCACCUGUCUUUAGUCCUGAUGGUUCUAGAUUGAUCUACGUCCAGAAUGCUUGCCAUGGUCCUCACCAGCAAUGCUCUCAACUUAUGCUGUAUGAUUGGAUUAGUAAGAAGACAAAAGUUGCAGUGGAUGUUGUUCAAAGACCUACAGAUAGCAGGCCCUUCCCCGGCUUAUAUGUCGGUCGUUUGAAGCAGGAAUGUUGGCUAGAUAAUAACACAAUCCUUCUUCAUAAUGAUUGGAGAAGCUGCCAGACAAUAAUUGAAGUUGAUGUCUUCUCUGGGGAGGUAAAAAGACUUGUUAACGAAAUACAGUUUGGCUUUUGGGAAUUCUGUGACCUCAAUGAAAGACUUCUACUUGCCUUUAGAUCAGCUCCAAAUAACUCUGGACAUUUGGUCGUUGGUAUUGUGCCGAGGGAAGGUGAUUUAUCACAUAUCGACUGGAAAUCUCUCCAUGAAUCAAGUCUGGUUCACUCUGAUGUAAUGUGGUCUGUUAUUACACUCAAGCCAAGCACUCGGCAAGGUAAUGAUAUUGAUUUUGAAGCUUUCAUUGUGAAGAAGGAGGCAGAAUCUGUUGAUCCAGAGAAGAAACCUCCUCUCAUUGUAUGGCCUCAUGGUGGUCCUCACUUCAUAGUCAAUCCACGUUAUGAUAAUUUUGUAGCAACUUUCUGUCAACUUGGAUUUGUCCUGGUCUUAGUCAAUUACAGAGGAUCGACUGGUUUCGGGCAAGAUUCCAUCUAUUCCCUCCCUGGUUUUGUUGGAACCAAUGAUGUUAGAGAUGUUCAGACGGCAGUUGAAGCCGUUCUAGAAGAAGGUCUUGCAGAUCCUGAGAGAGUAGCAGUGACCGGUGUCUCACAUGGUGGAUUUCUAUCUACACAUAUGAUAGGACAGUAUCCAGAUUUCUAUAAGGUUUGUGCUGUGAGAAAUCCAGUCACUAAUGUUGCAGUCAUGCCUGGUGAAACGGACAUUCCAUCUUGGGCAAUGACAGAAGCAGGCAUUGAUUUUGAUUUCAAGAUGGUGCCAUCAGCUGAGAUGUAUGCUAAGAUGUUUAAAUGCUCCCCAAUGGCAUAUGUUAACAAGGUUAUAGCUCCCACCUUGAUAAUGCUUGGAGCAGAUGAUCAUCGUAUCCAUCCCCAGCAGGGCAUACACUACCAUAAGAUGCUGAAAGCACACGGUGUCAAAACUAGAUUACUAAUGUAUCCAGAUAAUGUACAUCGUAUCAGCAAAGUCGAUGCCGAGGCAGAUUGCUUUAUGAACAUAUAUACCUGGAUUACAGCCCACCUCUCAUCUUGAAACUCUAGCACAAGAAUAUUAAAUAUUAUAAACCUCUCUUUAAGAAUGUCGAAUAAUCCGUUCCUCUGAUUGGUCAAAACUGAGGUCAUGUAAACGACCAUGCCUUCAAAACAACAAACUAAGGUGGUAACCAAGGGCAACGGGCAUAGUUAACAAGAUUUCUGCCCGUUGCCCCCUGAUCCGCCCCUUAACGACGGGCAUAGCAAAAUUUGGCUGAAAUCCCCAUUUGAUUGCAUGCAAAAUGUUGCUUUCUGCGGUGAUUACGGAUACCAGAAAUAUCCGCGCGAUUUGAUCGAAAGUUUUAGACAAUUCGCGCAUUUACGCGCUUAUUGCGCAAGUGCGCGCAACGGAUAUGACAUAUCGAUGGAACGAUGCCGAUCUUUGACUUUUGCUUGUUAAUUCCUGUUAAAAUAUAUGGCAUUUAUUGAAAAUAAAACUAGCUUAUUAAGGACAUAACGGAUGUAUAUCAAUCAUCAAGUCUUGGGGAAGUUCGCUCAAAUGCAUGCUCGCAAAAGGUGAGUCAGGUGAAAAGAUUAGACGGUCACUGCACUUUCUAACAAUAAACGUUUAACUCGUUCAUGUCGUUACUUAACCUUAGCCUGGGACAGUUAGGUAUUGACAAACGACAACGUUAGGACGGGUAGAUCUAAUGUUAAUUGUCGUUAGCUUACAAGUUAAGAGUAGACUCUAGAUCUAACGUUAGGACGUAGGUUUAGUCGACUAGAUCUAACAUUAGAUUAUACUCUAGUCUAAAUUUUAAGACUGAACUUUAGAUCUAGCUACACUGUAGGCCCUAGACCCUAUUCAGAAUCAGACCCUAAUUUGGUUCCUAAAAAUAUCUAGCCUAGGCCUAGUAGGGCCUAUCGGUAUGAACUGCUCGGGAACUGCUUUGAUAUUCGAUUUUGAGACCUAACUUCAGGGCAGGGCUAAGUAAGGGCCUAGACCUUACGUUAGCUUUGGGCCUAGGCCAGGGGUAGGCUUUUUUGUUUUAGUUUUACUAGAUCUAAACCUAGACCAGGCCCUAACGUUUAUGUUUAAUAAUUCGGUUCAUAAAAUAUAUAUGGACUGCUUUUAUAUUCGAGACAUGGUUGUUUCAAUUCGGCUCGCGGGUACCGCAUCGGCCAGACCAUGCCCUCGGGCAAAGCCCUCGGGCAUAGUCGCGUUGCGGUCCCCUUGAGCCUCUAGAAACAACCAUGCCUCUCAAAGCAGUCCAUAUAUCUAUACUAUAUCUCAAGUGGAAAAUAAAAUUGACUAAUAAUAGCUACAAAAAUAACACAACUAUGCAAUUUUUAUGCAUUUUCACUGCUUUCACUGAGUUUUUGCCUUAGAAACAGUAGGUUUUGAUGUGCUUCUUUUCCAGCAUGAAUUCUAUGACAUCAUUUUAUUGAAAAUCUGUUUGUAGAAACAUUUCAUUAUGUUUUGUUUUCAGUGUUACAAAAUAGAUUAUAUGGUCUUCAACACAACUCAUGCAAAAGAAACUUUUAGUACCUGUGAUAUUUUAUAUUAAUUAUUAUGCGUGAUUUAACCCCGUAUGGUUGAUUGAUGUGAUUAAGGUAUGAUUUAACAUAGUCACCCUUCCUCAAUAAGAAAUGUGUUAUGUUGCCUUGUUCAAAACUAAACUAAAACUUACCUUUUUCAAAAGAGUUUCAAUGAAUAAGUCAAUUUUUGUUAUAUAAUUUGUAGAGGCAGUAGGCUUCACUUUUUCUUGUAAUUCUAUGACUUAAUCACACUUUUUGUUUACUUAUCUUGUUAACUCUAUCACCUUUUAAGUAUUUUAAUGCGCAGUUGGGUAUAUACUUAUUAAAAAUUGUGCGCUAUAAAUAUACAGGUAUUAUUAUCAUUAACAUCGGCAGUAUUAAUAAUACUAAACUCUUGAUCAUCACUAUUUCCAUCACCAUAACCUUCAUCAUCACAAUCACCACCAACUUAAAAAUCACCAUAACCAUUACCACCUCCACCACCAUCAUCAUCAUCAAAACCACCACCACAUCAUCAUUAUCAUAAUACAAGAUACUGAUGAACUCAUUAAGAAAUAUGUAAAUAAGGGGAGUAUAUUCCCCAUAUCUUACUAGGUGCUACUGAAAUGAUUUAUCAAAUAUCUUUUAAUUUGAAAUUGAAAUAUAUUGCUUUCCCCUCAAUUGUAAGAAUGUAAACAUAUAUUUGUUAAUUAUUGUAUUGCAGUAGGAAAAUAUGUUCAUGCUUGAAUAAUAUCAUGUAGCAUAAACAUAUUUGCGCUUCCUUAAAUUUUCAUUAGCAGCUAUGAACUCUUAAUAGGUCAAAAUGCUACAGUAUUUAGUAGAUUCUUGCCUCUUGUCUAUGUUCUUCAGAUUUGAUUUACCAAUAUAAACUCUAUGUAAACUUAAAUGCUUUUUAGUAACUUGGAACAACUUGGAUUUUUUUUUAAGUUAGAGAUUAUUUCUUGAUUUACCUCUCUGUGAAGGGGUUGUUUUGAUUUUGACAAGAAUAAAUGUUCCUUCAAAUCU